AUGAAACCACUAUUCACCUCUCAAACUGCCACACCAACUCACUCAGCAAAUCCCAACUCUAACAAUUGGGAUUUACUUUCCUCCUCGUUCUAUCAUACGCUAGCAAAUUCACUGCCCUUUCGACUGUUGGUGGUUGGAAGUCAAGAGUUAAAUAGUGCAAAUUAUUAUCUCUAUUAUUUAUCGCCGAUAUACUCGAAUUUGAAGCAGUUUAGUAUUACGAACUUGUUAUUGGCGUACACACUACCAUUAUUGUAUAUAUUUUCUCCGACGCUGAUUGUCCCGGCAAUCUUUGUCAAAUCACUGCAAUUUCUUGCAUCAAAAACCGCAUCCAUUUCUUCUACCAUUUCCCUUCAUAAAACCUCAUCCACAGCUUUCUUCAACGUGUCUUCUCUGACGAACAAUAUCUCUUCCGCUUCCUCAUCGCCUCGGAGCGAUAACGGUGGUGGGAGUGAUUUGAGUGUACAGGAUGUUGAAUACUGGCUACAGAGAUGUUCGAUUUGUUUUGACGCACAAUUGGACUUUUGCUUGGACUUUUGCAGGGAUCAGUUUUGUCGCGAAUGUUUUCAGAGGUCAGGUUUCGAGGCAGAGGGGCGAUGGGAAUAUGUAAAAGAGGUAGUGCAGAAUUCAUGGGGACUAAGCGUUACCAAAAUCAAAUGUCCAGUGUGUCAAGACGUUAUUUCUCAGUCAGAAUGGAGCAGAUACGUUGACCAGAGCAUUAUAGACUUAUACAACACAUACAAUAAACCAUAUCGCUCAUUCUCCAGGUGUUGUGGAGAAUGUGGCGAAGAAGUUUUUGCAGCCAGUGUGGUACAUGCAUAUGAAGAGGAGAAAGCGAGACAUUUCCAUGAAAUCUCCUAUCUCCUUCACCAGUUCCUUCAAACUUACAUUUCACCUACAAGACAAACUCAGACCAAUAUUCAUUACGAAAUAAACCAAUUCGUGUCCCGCUUCAAAGCUGAUUACACCGCUUAUCUUGGAGGGACAAGCGUGAAUUACGGUGUACUCGAGAUGUAUGAUUACAUUGCAGAAAAGUUGGGAGAGUGCCUCGGACUGAGAUUGGACGGUAGCGGGGGACAAGUUCAAUCUAAAAUGACAAGAAGAAGAUCAAAGAUAUAUGGGGACAUGGUUAAAGCAGCAGCAGAAAUUUCAGCUAGGCUCGUUGCGUUGGAGGCUAGACCCGAUCCAUGGAGACAACUGCAGUUUUUGCAUAUUGCGAAUUUUCCUCAGUCGCGAUGCACUCGUUGUACAGCUGAUCUCUGUUUACAAUGCGGUGAAUCGUCGCAUCACGUCGGAAUGUCUUGCACUCAGUUCAUGCGUCACCGUGUCUCCAACUCUUCGCUCUUUCUCUCAUCCACGCCUCAUACGACUCCCAACAACUCGCCGGAUGCGCUUGAGAAUAUCAAGUGGAAAUUAGCAAACUCGAAAUCCUAUUUUGUUGGGUUUGUAGGAAUGGAUGGAGUGAAAAGUGUGGAUUUUAUCAGUGUCGUAUGGGGGGAAAGGUGA